AUGUCAGAGAACUUGAUCACCACUGCGAUCAUCAAGGUGUUUGAUGACGGACAUCAUCCAGAGCUUUGUCGUGCACUCCUUGACACAGGAUCAUCCGCCAACUUCAUUACAAGUGACCUCGCAUCAAAAUUGAGCCUGAAGAAAAUAAAGAGUGCUAUUCCAGUGGGAAGCAUCAACGAAAAUACCACAAUAUCCCACCAUUUCAUCUCUGCUGUGAUUCAAUCGUGCAUCAAUGACUUCAAGCGGGAGCUUCAGUUCCACAUUGUGCCCAUCAUCUCCAAGCGUACCCCUGAUCAGCAAAUACCUCGACAUCUUCUGGAUAUUCCUAAGAAUCUCAAAUUGGCGGAUCCAGACUUCCAUAAACCAGCGGCAGUGGAUCUCAUCCUCGGGUCAGGUAUUUCAUUGGCAGCUCUGAGUGGCGGACAAAUCAAAUUGUCGUCAACUUCAGAGACUGAUCUCAUCCUCCAAAAAACUGUGUUCGGUUGGGUCAUGGGUGGUAACGUCCCGAGCAAGAAUUGUCAAAUUGCAAGAUGCAAUCAUCUAUCACUCUUAGAUGAAGUCAAAAGAUUCUGGGAGAUUGAAGAUGGGCUUCAAUCUCAUGAAUCCGACAAACAGGACAAUUUGUGCGAGGAACAUUUCCUCAACCAUGUGACCAGGAAUGAGGAAGGGCGAUACGUGGUCGCUCUCCCCUUCAACAACAAGGUGCAUCAACUCGGUUGCUCUCGCAAGCAGGCGGAACAGAGGCUCUACGGACUGGAACGACGUUUUAAACAGAAUCCAGAAUUCAAGAAGCAGUAUUCAGCAGUACUGGAAGAAUAUCUAGAACUAGGACACAUGAAGAAGGUGGAGAACGAGAUAGAAGAGGGCUUCUAUCUUCCACAUCAUUCAGUGAUCAAGGAGACCAGCCUGACCACGAAGGUACGGGUUGUGUUCGAUGCUUCUGCCCCGUCUAGUUCCAAGCUGUCUCUUAAUAACGUGCUCAUGGUCGGGCCAACCAUCCAAGAUGAUAUCUUUUCUCUCAUCUUGCGAUUCCGACUUCACAACUAUGUUUUAACGGGAGACAUCGAGAAGAUGUACCGGCAGGUACUAGUGCGUCCUGAAGAUCACAAAUACCAAAGAAUUCUCUGGAGAGAUAACGAUAAUCAGCUGACAGCCUAUGAACUCCAAACAGUUACCUUCGGGAUUGCCUCCGCACCCUAUCUCGCUGUAAGAUGUCUUCAGCAGUUGGCCGAAGAUGAACAGCAGAGAUAUCCAACUGCAUCAAGAAUCUUGAAACGAGAUCUCUACGUCGAUGAUGUGCUCACUGGUGCAGAGACUCUUCAAGAAGCUAUGCAACUUCGCGAUGAUUUGAUGUCGCUUCUGAAAUGUGGUGGUUUUAACCUUCGUCAAUGUGCUUCGAAUCAUCCCGAACUUCUUCAAGGACUCCCGGAGUCCUGUGUGAACUUGCAAUUACUCCACGGCGGUGAUUCAACCUUGAAGACACUAGGUGUUCGAUGGGAUUUCAAUCGAGAUGAAAUCAUCUAUUCAGUGUGUCCUAUUGCCACGAGGAUAAAAACAACAAUGAGGACAAUUUCAUCGGAUAUCGCAAGGAUAUUCGAUCCUCUCGGAUUAUUAAAUCCAGUUGUGGUUCAGGCAAAACUUAUAAAACAGGAUCUGUGGCGCCUCAAUCUUAAUUGGGACGAAUCCGUGCCUAAGAACAUUGAGACAACCUGGCAGGAAUUUGCUCGUGAUCUCCCUCUUCUCAACAAUUUCGCUUUGCAACGCAAGGUGCUCCAAAACAGUGUCAAGGAGCUACAAAUACAUGGGUUUUGCGAUGCAAGCCAGAAAGCUUAUGGUGCUUGCAUUUAUGUUAGGACAAUCUCUAACAACGACCAGACGAGUUCCCAAUUAUUCUGCGCCAAAUCACGUGUGACUCCGUUGAGAAAUCCCCAAUCAAUUCCGCGAUUGGAACUAUGUGCUGCUCUUUUGCUUUCUCAAUUAUACUCGACCGUCUGUAAAACCAUAAACACAAACAUAAACCGUGCUGUAUUCUGGACUGAUUCAUCGACUGUGUUACACUGGAUUAACACAAAACCAGAAUUGCUGAAAACAUUCGUGAAGAAUAGAGUGAUGUCAAUUCAACAGAAGACCAAUGCCAGAGACUGGAGACAUGUGCGGACCCACGAGAACCCAGCGGAUGCUAUCUCCAGAGGACAAUCACCAGCAGAAUUUCUCCGAAAUCAUCUGUGGGUUAGGGGACCAGCAUGGCUUACCAGGGGAGAGAAGGAUUGGCCUUCUCUACCCCUGUCAUUUCCCAAUCAAGCACCUGAAAUGCGGAUCCAAACCUGCCUCUCUACCAUCGAAAGGACCUCCAAGGAACAUCUUGCUGAACUCUUCACGAGACAUUCCUCAAUCAUCAAGGUCCAGAAGAUCAUCGCUCGAAUCUUACGAUGGAAGAUCAAGAAGGAAGAUUCACCCAGAGAUAAAUUCAUCACGGCCACGGAGAUCCAACAAGCGUUCAUCCCUACCAUGAGAUUAAUUCAAGGGAAACAUUUCAAGGCAGAAUUGACUGACCUCAAGGCCACCAAUUCAGUGAAAUCAACGAGUCCAUUACUUCAAUUGAAUCCUUUUCUCGACUCUGAAGGCCUAAUCAGAGUAGGAGGCAGAAUUCAACGGUCUGAUUUAGCAUUCAAUCAGAAACAUGCAAUAUUGCUUCCCAAGAAUUCUGCUGCCACGCGUUUGAUAAUUGAGUGGACACAUCGCAAUUGUCUUCAUGCUGGUAUCCAGAGCACCCUCUACAAUAUUCGGCAACGGUUCUGGCUGCUAGAUGGAAAAAAUCAAGUUCGUCACGUUAUCAAGAAGUGCCACCGAUGUAUUCGUGCCAAGCCCCCUGACGUGGAAUAUCAAAUGGGCAUGCUACCCAGGGAAAGAGUGACAGCAACACGCCCAUUUUACAACACUGGUGUGGACCACUGCGGUCCAUUCUUCAUUAAGGAAAGGAGGUCCCGCAACCGUGGGCGUAUUAAGGUUUAUAUCGCCAUCUUCGUGUGCCUUUCCUCUAAGGCUGUACAUAUCGAGGUAGCCAGUGAUCUCACAACAGAAGCGUUCCUAGCUGUUCUUCGCCGUUUCAUCAGCCGAAGAGGAUUAUGCUCUUCCAUCUCCUCUGACAACGGAACAAAUUUCAAGGGUGCCUGCAAUGAGCUGAGAGAGCUCUAUCAACUGUUCAACUCCGAAGGACUGCAGAAGGAGCUUAACAAUUACAUUGCAGAGAAAGGAAUAACUUGGUAUUUCAUUCCACCCCAAGCACCUCAUGUGGGAGGUAUUUGGGAAGCCGCGGUGAAAUCAUUCAAGCACCAUUUCCUCCGAGUUGCCGGAAACACCCUGCUCAGCUUCGAAGACCUCACGACACUGGCUACCGAGAUCGAAGCCAUCCUGAAUUCGCGUCCUUUGACGCCUAUGUCAUCGGAUCCCAACGACCUCUCAGCUCUCACACCUGCUCAUUUCCUGAUCGGUGAUACCUUCACCAAUUUGCCGGAGCCUAAUUUCAUCGAGACUCCGAGCAACCGCUUGUCUUCUUGGCAACACAUCCAGAAGCUGAAACAAGACUUCUGGAAUCGAUGGCACAAGGAGUAUCUCAACGAGCUGAACGUUAGGAAGAAGUGGGCCAAAGGGGACCACCAAAUCAAGACAGGUUCCAUUGUGGUUAUCAGGGACGACAACCUACCCCCUCUCAAAUGGAAAUUGGGUAGAGUCAUCAGUGUCCAUCCAGGCGAGGAUGGAAUCAUCAGGUCUGUUCAGUUGAAGACAGCCUCAGGUGUCUACAAGCGCAACGUCAAGAAAUUGGCAGUUCUUCCUGUAGAACCCUCUCCCUCAGAUGAUCUACCAACAAGGCUUCAACCCACAAACACUGCAGCUACCAUUGAUCGGUCCAGCCUCUCAACGGGGGAGAAUGUUGAGUCUGUCAUAAAGGCACUUCCACUAAAAAUUCCUAAUCCCAGGGGAUCUAGACCCUACUCUAACUUUAUGAGUCCCAAUAUUUGUGUUAGAUUCCCAAUAUUUAGUUGUUCCGGGAAUUCCCCAAUUUUUACAAUGCCGAGCAAUUUACAACGAUUCUAG